AGAUGAUUUUCUCAGUCACUGGUGGCGCUGGCUGCUGCUGUUAAAACCCUAGUAACUGAUGCAACAGCCGAAAAGACGACGAUACUUCACGUCUCAAACUCUGCUACUUUCUAAAUUCAUCAUAAAGCUCACAAUAACUGACUCAAGUUUUCAUUUUGAUCAUCAUUUUCAUCCACUGACUCCGAUUCUCAAUUCAAUUUGAAUUCGGAUCUAUUCAUUUGGCAAAUGGCAGAUUCUUCCGACAGUCUCAUUUCCAUCGCCGCCUCUGUCACCACUUCCUCCACUAAACGCCGCCGCCGCAUCUUCCGCCAUGAACUUCCCUCUCUUCUUAAAAACAACACAGAAAUGUCUACUGAGGUUGCAUCAUCGUUGGUGGAUGUAAUUUUUACUACAGUUUCUUUAUAUGAUGAUCGUGGUUCGAGGGCAGCUGUAGAUGACAUGAUUGAAAAGAAUUUAGGUGAGGUUCUAUUUAUGAAAACUUUUGCAGCGGCUCUUGUUCAGUCCAUGGAAAAGCUCUCGAAGUUCCAAACUCAUGUGGGCUGCUACAGACUCCUCAAGUGGUCAUGUCUCCUCUUAACCAAGAGUCAAUUUGCCACUGUUUCUAAGAAUGCUUUGUGUAGAGUGGCUGCAGCACAGGCAUCCUUAAUUCAUAAUGUGAUGCAGAGAUCAUUUUUUCGUGAACGAAGAGCAUGCAAGCAGACUUUCUUUAAUUUAUUUUCUCAGGCACCAGACAUCUUCAAAAUUUACAUGGAGGAAUUAAAGGAUGCACGAAUCCCAUUCAAAGAUAGUCCUGAAUUAAUAUGGUUAUUUCUGGAGUUCUCUUUGGCAGCACAUUCUCUGUUUGAAAAAUACAAGCCGGUAUUUCUUGAUAUAUAUGUUAAAGCAGUUUUAAAUGCCAAAGAAAAGCCAAUGAAGGUUCUGAGUGAAUCAUUUCAACCACUUUUUACACAUAUGUCUCAUGAAGAUUUUCAGAGCAUUGUGCUUCCAUCUUUUGUAAAGAUGCUAAAACGCAACCCAGAAAUUGUGAUGGAAUCAGUUGGAAUCCUUCUGAAGUCUCUCAGCCUUGAUUUAAGUAAGUAUGCAAUCGAGAUCUUGUUGGUGGUAUUGUCUCAGGUUCGACAUGCAGAUGAAGGUAGAAGGGUGGGGGCUUUGACUGUAGUAGGGUGCUUGAGUCAAAAGUCUAGUAAUCCCGAUACUAUAGAAGCUAUGUUCAGUGCUAGUAAAGCGGUUAUUGAAGGCUCAGAAGGGAGACUUCAAUUUCCGUACCAGCGACUUGGCAUGAUCAAUGCACUUCAGGAAUUGUCUAAUGCUCCUGAAGGGAAAUAUCUCAAUAGUCUGUCACAUGCCAUUUGCAACUUCCUUUUAUCUUGUUACAAGAAUGAAGGAAAUGAGGAGGUAAAGCUUGCAAUUUUGUCAGCUGUGGCUUCGUGGGCAGUACGAUCUGCUGCAAAUCUUCACCCAGAUCUGGUUUCUUUUAUUGCUUCUGGCCUCAAGGAAAAAGAAGCUUUAAGAAGGGGGCAUCUUCGAUGUGUAAGAGUCAUAUGCAAAAACAAUGAUGCUAUUUUGCCGAUAUCAUCAUUGCUGGGGCCACUCAUUCAACUUGUCAAAACGGGUUUUACUAAAGCAGUGCAGCGUUUGGAUGGUAUUUAUGCUUUUCUCAUAGUGGGGAAGAUUGCAGCUGCUGAUAUCAAAGCAGAGGAAACUAUAACAAAGGAAAAGAUAUGGUCUUUGAUAUCACAAAAUGAAGCCUCGCUCGUGCCUACUUCAAUGGUUUCAAAAUUUUCAGUUGAGGAUUGCAUGGCAUGUCUUGAUCUUCUUGAGGUGUUACUGGUGGAACAUUCACACAGAGUGUUGGAAACUUUCUCUGCAAAAUUACUGUUACAGCUAAUGCUCCUUUUCAUAUGCCAUCCAAGUUGGGAUGUCCGAAAGAUGGCGCAUGAUGUUACCAGAAAGAUAAUUGCUACAACUCCACAGUUAUCUGAAGCUCUUCUAAUCGAAUUUUCAAAUUUUCUUUCAAUAGUUGGGGAGAAAAUUAUUAUUGCAAAAACAAGUGACACAGAUAAUUCAUUGGAUACACAAGUUCCAUUCCUUCCAUCUGUUGAGGUUUUGGUGAAGGCGUUACUGGUCAUAUCCCCAGUGGCUCUGUCUGCAGCUCCUGGUGUCUCUUCACUUGUUAUAUUCUGCUCUCAUCAUCCGUGCCUUGUUGGCACUGCAAAAAAAGAUGCAAUUUGGAAGAGGCUCCAUAAAUGUUUGCAAACACUUGGGUUUAAUGUCAUUGAUAUUGUUUCUGCUCAUGUUGGGAAUUUGUGCAGGGAUCUACUUGGAUCAAUGGGGUUGAUGAGUCCCAGUCCCUUUGAACAACGAGCUGCAAUAUAUUCUUUAUCAACUUUGAUGUCUAUAACACCUAAAGACACUUAUGUAGAAUUUGAGAAGCAUCUGAGAAAUCUUCCUGACUUUUAUUUGCAUGAUAGUCUUUCAGAGCAGGACAUUCAGGUUUUCCAUACUCCCGAGGGAAUGCUUUCGACUGAGAUAGGUGUUUAUGUUGCAGAAGCUGUUUCUGCUAAGAACACUAAACAAGCAAAGGGUCGCUACCGGUUAUAUGAAGACCAAGAUGGCAUGGACCAAAAUUCUAAUCAUUCUACAAAGAGAGAAUCAGCUAGUAGAGAAUUGGCUGGUAUGGGUAAAAAGGAUACAGGGAAGUCAAUGAAAAAAAGUGAUAAAGGGAAAACAGCAAAAGAGGAGGCACGGGAUUUGUUGCUUAAGGAGGAGGCAUCUAUACGUGAGAAAGUCCUAGAAAUACAGAAGAAUUUAUCGUCGAUUCUGAUGGCACUUGGGGAGAUGGCCAUUGCCAAUCCUGUGUUUGCACACAGUCAAUUGCCUAGUCUGGUUAAGUUUGUUGAUCCUUUGCUAAGGUCGCCAAUAGUAAGUGAUGCAGCCUAUGAAGCCUUAGUGAAGCUCUGUAGAUGCACAGCUAUGCCUCUUUGUAAUUGGGCACUUGAUAUUGCUACUGCUUUACGUCUCAUUGUGACUGAGGAAGUUCGCAUUCAUUUAGAUCUUGUUGCAUUGGUGGGUGAAGGGGAAGUCAAUGAGAAACCAUUAUUGGGUCUCUUUGAAAGGAUAGUAAAUGGAUUAAUUGCAUCAUGUAAAUCUGGGCCUCUUCCUGUAGACUCCUUUACUUUUAUCUUCCCGAUAGUGGAGCGAAUUUUAUUAUCAUCCAGGAAGACAGGACUUCAUGAUGAUGUACUUCAGAUUAUUUACAUGCAUAUGGAUCCUCUUUUGCCCAUUCCUAGGCUUCGGAUGAUAUCAGUGCUUUAUCAUGUUCUAGGUGUUGUACCUGCAUAUCAAGCAUCUGUUGGAUCAGCACUGAAUGAACUUUGUCUGGGUCUACAACCAGAUGAAGUGGCAGCUGCUCUAUAUGGAGUGUAUGCGAAAGAUGUUCAUGUGAGAAUGGCCUGCUUAAAUGCAGUUAAGUGUAUUCCAGCUGUGUCGAGCCGUUCUCUUCCUCAAAAUGUUGAGGUUUCAACAAGCAUAUGGCUUUCUCUCCAUGACCCAGAAAAGUCAGUUGCAGAAGCAGCAGAGGAUAUAUGGGACCGCUAUGGGUAUGAAUUUGGAACUGAUUAUUCAGGACUUUUCAAAGCACUUUCACAUAUUAAUCAAAAUGUCCGCAAGGCUGCUGCGGAGGCAUUAGCUGCUGCUUUGGAUGAAUAUCCAGAUUCUAUACAGGAAUCACUUUCAACAUUAUUUUCUUUGUACAUCCGUGAUGCUGGUUUAGGUGAGAACAACAUUGAUUCUGGUUGGCUAGGCAGACAAGGCAUAGCUCUGGCCUUACAUUCUGCUGCUGAUGUUUUGAGAACAAAAGACCUUCCUGUUGUUGUGACAUUCCUGAUAUCACGAGCUCUUGCUGAUCCUAAUGUGGAUGUUCGAGGAAGGAUGCUUGUUGCUGGUAUCUUGAUUAUUGAUAAGCACGGGAAGGAUAAUGUUUCUUUGUUAUUUCCAAUCUUUGAAAACUACUUAAACAAGAAGGCAUCAGAUGAAGAAAAAUAUGAUCUGGUUCGCGAGGGUGUAGUAAUUUUUACUGGAGCCCUAGCAAAACAUUUGGAAAAGGACGAUCCUAAAGUUCAUGCUGUUGUAGAGAAGUUGUUGGAUGUAUUAAACACUCCAUCAGAAGCUGUUCAGCGUGCAGUCUCGUCAUGUCUGUCUCCAUUAAUGCAAUCAAUGCAAGAUGAUGCACCAGCACUUGUUUCUAGGCUGUUGGAUCAGCUAAUGAAAAGCGACAAAUAUGGAGAACGUCGUGGAGCAGCAUUUGGACUUGCUGGAGUGGUUAAGGGAUUAGGACUUUCUUCCCUGAAGAAGUAUGGCAUUGUGGCUAUACUAAGGGAAGGUUUUGCAGACAGGACUUCUGCGAAACGUCGUGAAGGAUCUUUACUGGCUUUUGAGUGCCUUUGUGAAACGCUUGGGAAAUUGUUUGAACCUUAUGUGAUCCAAAUGCUACCAUUGCUUUUGGUUUCUUUCUCCGAUCAAGUUGUUGCUGUUCGUGAAGCUGCUGAUAGUGCUGCUCGUGCAAUGAUGUCUCAACUUAGUGCCCAGGGGGUGAAGCUUGUCCUGCCGUCACUAUUAAAGGGUCUUGAAGACAAGGCUUGGCGCACAAAACAAAGCAGUGUACAACUACUUGGUGCGAUGGCUUACUGUGCUCCUCAACAACUAUCUCAGUGCCUUCCAAAGAUCGUGCCGAAAUUGACUGAGGUUUUAACAGAUACACAUCCCAAAGUCCAGUCAGCUGGGCAGACCGCGCUUCAGCAGGUUGGGAGCGUGAUAAAAAAUCCUGAAAUUGCUUCUCUUGUCCCUACUCUUUUGAUGGGUCUUACAGACCCCAAUGACCACACAAAAUAUUCUCUUGAUAUACUCCUUCAAACAACUUUUGUUAAUUCAGUAGAUGCACCUUCUCUUGCUCUAUUGGUGCCUAUUGUACAUAGAGGUCUAAGGGAGAGAAGCGCUGAAACCAAGAAGAAAGCUGCACAAAUAGUUGGAAAUAUGUGUUCAUUGGUUACUGAACCAAAGGAUAUGAUUCCCUAUAUAGGUUUGCUCCUUCCUGAAGUGAAAAAGGUGCUUGUGGAUCCGAUUCCAGAAGUCAGAUCUGUUGCAGCGAGGGCCCUUGGAUCCCUUAUAAGAGGAAUGGGAGAAGAAAACUUCCCAGAUCUUGUACCAUGGUUGUUAGAUACUCUAAAAUCUGACAAUAGUAAUGUUGAGCGCUCUGGAGCUGCUCAAGGCCUGAGUGAGGUGUUGGCUGCACUCGGCACCAUAUACUUUGAGCAUAUUCUUCCAGAUAUUAUACGAAAUUGCUCCCAUCAGAGAGCUUCUGUACGUGAUGGAUAUCUAACUCUUUUCAAGUAUCUGCCAAGAUCGCUAGGUGUACAAUUCCAGAACUACUUGCAGCAAGUGCUGCCUGCAAUCUUAGAUGGUCUUGCCGAUGAGAAUGAAUCUGUGCGUGAUGCAGCAUUGGGUGCCGGACAUGUCCUUGUGGAGCACUAUGCGACAACGUCAUUACCUUUGCUCCUUCCAGCUGUAGAGGAUGGUAUUUUCAAUGAUAGUUGGCGUAUCCGACAAAGCUCUGUGGAACUCUUGGGAGAUCUCUUAUUUAAGGUUGCUGGGACUUCUGGAAAAGCUUUACUUGAGGGUGGCAGUGAUGAUGAAGGUUCGAGUACUGAAGCACAUGGACGUGCUAUCAUCGAGGUGCUUGGAAGGGAUAAGCGUAAUGAAGUUCUUGCUGCUCUGUAUAUGGUUCGAACUGAUGUCAGUCUUUCAGUGCGUCAGGCUGCAUUACACGUAUGGAAAACUAUUGUGGCGAAUACUCCAAAAACUCUCAAGGAGAUAAUGCCAGUUUUGAUGAAUACGCUCAUUUCUUCUCUUGCAUCCUCAUCCUCUGAGAGGCGGCAGGUUGCUGGACGAUCUUUGGGAGAGCUUGUUAGGAAGCUUGGAGAAAGAGUACUUCCUUUGAUUAUACCAAUUCUAUCCCGAGGGCUGAAGGACCCUGAUGCUACCAGAAGACAAGGGGUAUGCAUCGGUCUGAGUGAAGUGAUGGCCAGUGCUGGUAAGAGUCAGUUGUUAAGUUUCAUGGAUGACCUCAUACCUACUAUCAGGACAGCCCUAUGUGAUAGCGAACCUGAGGUCCGUGAGUCGGCAGGCUUAGCAUUUAGCACUCUUUUCAAGAGUGCUGGUAUGCAAGCAAUUGAUGAAAUAGUCCCAACUCUUCUACAUGCUUUGGAGGAUGAUGAAAGCUCUGAUACUGCCUUAGAUGGCCUGAAGCAAAUAUUAAGUGUCAGGACUGCUGCUGUUUUACCUCAUAUUUUGCCCAAGCUUGCCCAUCCUCCGUUAUCAGCCUUUAAUGCACAUGCUCUUGGAGCGUUGGCAGAGGUUGCUGGUCCUGGCCUUAAUUUUCAUCUUGGCACUAUUCUUCCUGCUUUACUCUCUGCUAUGGGUGGUGAUGAUUUGGAGGUUCAAGCUUUGGCCAAAGAAGCUGCGGAGACAGUAACCUUGGUUAUAGAUGAGGAAGGUAUUGAAUCUUUGAUAUCAGAGCUUCUUAAAGGUGUUGGGGACAGUCAGGCUUCUAUUAGAAGAAGUUCUGCAUAUCUGAUAGGAUACUUCUUCAAAAACAGCAAAUUAUAUUUGGUUGAUGAAGCUCCAAACAUGAUAUCUACAUUAAUUAUUUUGCUUAGUGAUCCAGACUCAGCUACUGUUGGGGUCGCAUGGGAGGCUUUGUCAAGGCUUGUUGGCUCAGUUCCGAAGGAGGUGCUGCCUUCAUAUAUAAAACUAGUGCGUGAUGCUAUAUCUACAUCCAGAGAUAAAGAGCGCAGGAAAAAGAAGGGAGGACAAAUUCUCAUUCCUGGAUUCUGUCUCCCAAAAGCUCUUCAGCCAUUGCUUCCAAUAUUUCUUCAAGGUCUAAUAAGUGGGUCUGCUGAAUUAAGAGAGCAGGCAGCACUGGGUCUUGGGGAGCUUAUUGAAGUGACUAGUGAACCAGCACUGAAGGAGUUUGUUAUUCCUAUAACAGGGCCUCUCAUCCGAAUUAUUGGUGAUCGGUUCCCCUGGCAGGUGAAGAGUGCCAUUUUGUCUACCUUGACCAUCAUAAUAAGAAAGGGUGGGAUGGCGCUGAAACCUUUUCUUCCCCAGCUUCAAACAACAUUUAUCAAGUGUUUACAGGAUAAUACCAGGACUGUGCGUUCAAGUGCUGCUCUUGCACUUGGUAAGCUUAGUGCUCUGAGUACCAGGGUUGAUCCUUUAGUUGGUGACCUUCUGACAAGUUUGCAGGCAUCAGAGGCUGGGAUUAGAGAGACCAUUUUGACUGCUUUAAAAGGUGUACUGAAGCAUGCUGGGAAGAUUGUGAGCGGUACUGUUAGAUCUCGUGUUUAUGUUAUCCUGAAGGAUUUAAUUUAUCACGAUGAUGACCAAGUUCGAAUAUCUGCUGCAAGCAUUUUGGGAAUCAUGUCACAGUACAUGGAAGAUGCUGAGCUGGCUGACCUCAUUCAGGAACUCUUAAAUUUAGCAUCUUCUCCUGGCUGGGCUCCUAGACAUGGCUCUGUACUUGCAUUCUCUGCCUUGCUCAGGCACAAUCCUUCUGCAAUAUUUAUGUCUCCAAAAUUCCCAUCAAUUAUUGACUGUCUCAAAAGCUCCAUGAAAGAUGAAAAGUUUCCACUACGUGAAGCUUCAACCAAGGCAUUAGGGAGGCUUUUGCUUCAUCAAAUUCAAAGUAACCCUUCUAACUCAGUGGCAAUUGCGGAUAUUCUUUCAUCAGUAGUGUCAGCAUUGCAGGAUGACUCCAGUGAAGUUCGUCGAAGGGCAUUGUCUACUCUAAAAUCUGUUGCAAAAGCAAAUCCAUCAGUAGUGACAGUGAAUGUCACAAUAUUCGGUCCUGCACUUGCUGAAUGUUUGAAGGAUGGAAGUACUCCAGUGAGACUGGCUGCUGAAAGAUGUGCCUUGCAUGCCUUUCGGUUGACAAAGGGGGCAGAAUAUGUUCAAGCUGCCCAAAAAUUUAUUACAGGUUUGGAUGCCAGACGUUUAUCAAAAUUUUCCGAGUACAGUGAUGACAGCGAGGACAGUGAAGAUGACUUGGCAAGUGGCUGAGAAUGUUGGUUGUCACCAAUCCAUUUUAAUUCCGAAGUUCUUCAAGAGUCAACAGAAAAUCUGAUGAUAGGAAAGUCUAUGGCCGAAUUUCUACUGCAUCUGUGGUUGUUGAUAGAAGAUAACACAUAUACACACAGACAUCCGAAGAGAGGUCCAUACCCAAAAUUUCCUCAUCUGAAUUUUGUUAAUUUGUCGUUUGUAAUUGGUAACCAAUCAGCCAAUAGGGCUAUCAUAAACUGGUCUGAAGACCAUAUAUAUAUAUAUCUCCUCUGCACUUUUUCGUUUCAAUUUUGUCAAAUUUUGUAUGAAUGUUGUCAACUCCUGAUGGAAAUAGGAAGCUGUUUUGUAAAGCUUUUAUUUAUAAUGAGAAAACGAAUUGUCACA